UCAACUCCCACUACCACCACUACAGUCAUUCAGCAGUAUAACACGUGACUGAUAGCAUUCGAAUCUGUUCAACAGUCAGACAGAGACGUUACUAGAAACUAUCUUCCCACCAUUUAGGCGUGCCAUCAUAAUGGCUGUGAAUGUUUUCAGCACAAAUGCCACUGUAGGAGACCUCAGUAGGCAUGAUAUACUCGCUUGGGUGAAUUCAAGCUUGGAUUUAAAUUACACAAAAAUUGAAGAAUUGUGUUCAGGUGCAGCCUAUGCUCAGUUCAUGGAUAUUUUAUUUCCAGGCAGUAUUCCAUUGAAAAAAAUUAAAUUCAGUACUCGGUUAGAACAUGAAUAUAUACAGAAUUUCAAACUUCUUCAGUCCAGUUUUUGCAAGCUUAAUGUUGAACAGGUUGUUCCCGUAGAGAAGCUUGUGAAAGGAAGAUUCCAAGAUAACUUUGAAUUCGUCCAAUGGUUCAAAAAGUUUUUUGACGCUAACUAUGAUGGACACGAAUAUGAUGCUAACUCUGCCCGUAAAUUAGUUGGAAUUGCUGCUACCUCUGCUAAACCAUUACCAGCAACUACCAAAACCCAUCCUCAAAAAACUGCUGGCGUUAUGACAAAAACAACUACAAGGCAAGCUGCUCCUGUUUCAGCCAAAGCUCCUACUCGUCAAACAGCUCGUCCUGCAGGUGCUAAUCAACUAGAUAACAAAAGUGAAGAUCUAAGGAAGCAGAUUGCAGAUAUGAAAAUUGCUGCUGAUGGUUUAGAAAAAGAGAGGGACUUUUACUUUGGAAAAUUAAGAGCUAUUGAAAUUCUUUGUCAAGACCAUGAAGACGAUACUGUUGUCAAGGAAAUCAUGGAUAUAUUGUAUGCUACAGAGAUGUCAGAGUAGAUGGUGCCCGAUGUUAUGAGGACAAAAAUGAAAUUGAUAAGAUGGCUUUGCUGCACCAGAUGAUGAUGGAUUUGCAGACAGUGCAGAUGGCAAUGUGGAAGAAUACUAAAUGCUCACAUCUAUACUUUGGAGAGCAAAAACAAAAUUUGAACUCAUUCUUUACUUAUUCUCAUUGGAAGAUAUCAAUUCACAAUCCCUAUGUGAUAUUUCAUUGUGAGUGGGGCCCCUUUCAGUCGCAGCAGUUUGAUAUCCUUUUUUGUCUUCAAUGUCAUCAAAGGGGCUAAAGUGAGCUAGCAUCUGGAAGGGGUCUGCUGCUACUACUACACAUUACCACAACCUGAAAAUAUUGGGCUUUCCGCUGUAACCAGAACUUGGCCAAACCUCUUUCUCUCUUUCUCUGUCUCUUGUACACAGCAACUCUAACUCUUUACUUCUUAAAGACAAUGACUGCUUCUCAAGCAUUUUCUACUUUCCAUGAAGCUAAAUGUAAAUCCGGCUUUGUUCUUGUUACAAUCAAAACAUUAUUAUUAAUAUUAUUAUUAUUAUUAAUAUAAUUAUUGAGUGGCUAAAAGAUUCUCAUAUAAAACAGUUUGCAAUGAACCUUUGAUAGCCAUCUGCUCCUGUGUUUAUCAGCAGGAGGUGGUUACUAUAUGGAAUCAUAGAGAUUGUGUCCAAUUCAAUUUUCAAUUUAGAUUGGGGAGUUUCUAAUUCUGAAAGAGAUAUUGAGUUACGUAGGAUCUCUCUCUCUCUCUCUCUCUCUCUCUGUGUGUAUGUAUGUAUAUUUUACAUGUGUAACGUGCGUUUGUGGUUUUUAUGUGCUUUACUUGAUUGUGGUGUAAAUGUAGAGUGUGCUAGAGUGUGAAUGUGCUGGGUGAUGAAAGUUAUUCCUAAGGUUCUAUGGAGUUUGUAUCAUACUAAGGUGACUAACUCUUCAGUGAAUGUUUGUGCUGAACAUUUGUCACCUCAAUAUAAUACAAGCUAGGUUUGAAGUGCCUGCUACUGCUUGCAAACACAAAUAUUCCUGUAUAAUAAUUAGUAUAUGAACCCUCGCACUUCAACCAAACAAAAAAUAACUAUGAAUAUAAACCCAACAACUUAACUCCACUUUUCAGCAGUACUGUCUUCUCAUUCUCUCCCUAUGUCUGUGUGCCUAAUCUCUUGGCUGUUUGCUACCUGUUAAUGUUGUCACUCUGCUUUGUGUCUGAAAUACCUAAUGGCAAUUCAAUAUCUUGUAAAUUAGCUUCCCACUAUGCAAAGUUCAUUAAAGGCAUCAUUAAUGUUCAAGGGGGAGGUGUCUUUUGUUUCUUUUACCCUUUUUUUUUUUUUUUUUUUUUUUUUUUUUUGAAAUAAAACCUGAAAUAAGACAAUUUUUAAUUUUUUUUUUUUUCUCAUUUAACAAUCAUGUCUUUCCUUUUUAAAAAUAAAAUAAAAUAAAAUAAUAGGUUUCUGCUAUUAUUUCAAUCAAAACAUUUCAAAAUUUUAACUGUGUUUAAGAAUCAUUAAAGGUAUCUUUGAAUCUGACUUUUUACUUCUCAUAAUCUUUCUCACUGAGUUAUGUCUUUCUCUCACACACGUGUUUUAAUUUUCAACUCUCUCUCUCUCUCUCUCUCUCUUUCUUCUGCUCCUCUUUCUCUCUCCUCUCUAAUCAAUUAUACUGUUUUUCUUUUUCUUUUUUUAUUGCUCUUGCUGAUGUAGCAGUCAGUUGUACAUUAUGUCCUGUCAUUUCAGUUCUCCAGACAGAUCAAUAAAUCAAAUCUAUAACAGC